CACCAACGUGUUUAUUCGCAGUUACUGGUGACUGUGCAAGGAAAUGGCGGAAGGGGAACUUGACGUCGAUUCGGCGUUCCAUUCCGACUUCCGCACAGUAGCAGCUCUCCUGGUCUCCAUCCUUGUCGGAGCGGUGGCGACGGCUGCCGGAGUAGGAGGAGGCGCUCUCUUUAACCCUAUUUUCAAUGUUCUUGUGGGGUUUGCACUCAAGCCCAGCACGGCGCUCUCCCAGGCCUGCAUCACGGCCGGCUCCCUGGCUGCCCUGUCAGCUAACCUAUACCGCCAGCACCCGACCGCCCCAGGGGAGUCGCUCAUCGACUUUCGGCUAAUGGUGAUGCUCACCCCUGUGCUGCUGGUGGGAGUGGGAGCGGGUGUGCUGCUCAACGUGAUGCUUCCCUCCUGGCUGCUGACGGUGCUGCUGCUCCUGUUGCUGCUGCUGCUCACCAAGCAAGCGGCGGGAAAGGGUCUUGCCCUCUGGCGUUUAGAGUCCAAGCGCAAGAGUGAGGCGACUGCGGCAUCUCAAGUCCUAGCAGUGGCGGUGAGUGGGACACUUGACCCGGAGGCUGGCGGCAGUGGCGGUACGGCAGGCAGCGGUGGGGGCGUCGAGGGCAGCGACAGGACCCGCAGCGGAGGACACGAGGCCUUACCCGGGGAAGAAGGAAGCUCCGAUAUGGGGCACGCUGCGUCUGCCCGAGGCUCCUGGCCGGCCGG